AUGUUCAGGAACCAGGUAAAAUGGAAAUGCUUCUUAGCCUGCCAUACGCAAGUUGAUGUUAAAUAUGGCCUAUAUUAUGUGUCAGGCACAGGGUACUACCACUGCCAGAACCAUUACGACACCUAUGAUGACGACCGCCGACUUGCUUUAAACGACUAUGUCCAACAAGAACUGGAUAUUAGCUGGAACGCCUUGCUUAGAAACAUCAACCCACCAGGCUCUAUGCGCGGUUUUGUAGCCGCAUCUCCUUCUACUAGCUAUCCAGAUUACUUUUACACAUGGACACGCGAUGCUGCCCUGGUGAUGCGAGUGGUGGUGGACAAUUACAAUGAAGACGGGGUCAAGAGGCUCCUUCAUGACUAUGUAGCUUCCGAAAUAUAUCAUCAGGUGACGUCGACGUUAUGCGACUGCUUGGGUGAGCCAAAGUUCAACAAAGAUGGCUCGGGAUAUGACGGGUCAUGGGGAAGACCUCAAAAUGACGGGCCCGCUAGCCGUGCCAUCACCAUGAUGUUACUCGCAGAAAAGUCACACGAGAACUAUGUCAAGAAAACACUUGUGCCUGCCAUUUUUGCAGAUCUGGACUAUGUUGCUGAUGUUUGGUCGACGCCUUGCUUUGAUCUAUUUGAAGAAAGUGAGGGUUUGCACUCGUAUACCCUCUUGGUAAUGCGCCGUGCUCUGGUGGAUGGUGCUCGAUUUGCUUCACAGCACAGUGACCCUGGUCGCGCAGCAACCUACACUCGGGUCUCAGAAAAAAUCCGCGAACGACUCGAGACUUUCUGGGAUGGGGAUCAUGUUGUUGUUACUCAAGAGCACACUGGCGGCUUAUACAAACCUUCUGGCCUUGAUGUAUCUGUUUUGCUGGGUGUAAACCAAGCUGGUACGUAUGUUGCCCCCCCGCCUUGCUCGCUCGCUAUACUUGCCACUGCACAUGCCUUGGAAAAAUCGUUCGAGCGGCUCUAUCAUGUCAAUAGCGCUCACCCCGAUCAGCUUGGCACCGCCAUUGGACGAUAUCCGGAGGAUACGUACGAUGGUUACAGGAGCGGUUCAGAAGGCAAUCCAUGGUUUCUUGCCACAGCUGGAAUGGCAGAAACGUACUAUCGUGCUACACUCGAAUGGCAAUCGGACCAGUCCAGUGUAGUCGUCAAUGCUAUCAAUGGCCCUUUCUUUGGACGCUUGCUGGCACAAGAGCCAGAAAAACUAAUAGGCACCACGUUCCAUUACGGAACCCCGGACUUUGAAGCACUUGUCGGCAAAAUGACAGAAGCUGCAGAUCGAUUUAUGGCCACCAUUCAAUACCACCAACGACUCAACGGUUCUCUUUCAGAGCAAUUUAACCGCUACACAGGAUUCGAGCAAGGUGCCCGCGACCUCACUUGGUCAUAUGCUUCAUUUAUCUCUGCCGCAAAAGCGAGAAAUGGGCGCCCAGUAAAAUAG